AUGAGGCUCUUGAAACGGGUUGGCGACUUGCUGGACACUGCCGAUGAAAAAGCAACGGAAGCGAACCUUGAGACGCUCACCAGGCACGUGGGAGACGCCUUCGGCACAAACGAGGCUGGAGGAAUCAAGCUGGACUUGGGCAUCGUGGAGGGCUUAGCCGACCUGAAGCACCAGAUCGGCACCGACUUCAAGGAGAAGGGCCUUGGUGUUCUGCAUGAAGGUGGUGCCGACGACACUCAAGCGAGGCUGGCCCUGUUGAAGGAGCGUGUGGAAGAACUGCACGCGAAGGAGGCCGAGAGAGCAGAGCAGAGCAGCCGGCUGCAGGCAAACUUGCUGGAGGUUGAGUCUGCCAUCAAGGAGCAGAAGCUCGAAGUCCAGGUGACUGCGACCGCGACGCAACAGCCUGUGCAGUCUUCUCGACUGGAGGACCUACGGCGUGAAUUUCGCGAACGUGAGGCUCAGUCGUUGCAACGCACGGCUCUUCUUGCGGCUGCUAGUACGCAGGCUGCGGCAACCAAUGAGCACCUAUCACAGCAACUGCAGUUCUGGCAGGGGAAGGCUGAGAAGAUGUUGGCUGCUCUCGGACUGGAGGCCGUGCCCAAGGACGUGGCGCAUGCGAUUGAGCAUUUGGAGUCAGACCAAGAACAUACGGAGGAAUCAGAGGACAAGGCAAAGGAUGUCUUCACAUCCAAUGGAAGUGUUCAAAAGGAGCAAGCUGAUGAACAACGUGCGGUUCAGGACUUGGAAGGGAUGCUUGCUGAGUUGAUGCGGAGAUCAGAAGAGAUCAUGGGCCGCGUUGAGCAACAACGACACCAAGAGCGAGACUUAAUUUCACAGCUCAGCCACGCGCAGGAGAUGGCUGCCAGCGAAGCCAAAGCAGCUGCAGACUGCCAAGAGGCAUUACAGCGGGCAAAGGCGGUGGAGGCCCAUCCUAGGGCGAGUGCACAGGCAUCCGCUGCCAGGAUGAACGAAGUCACGCAGUUGAGAGCCGAGGUGGAGUCCCUUCGCGUGCGCUUGGAGUCCAGCAGGAAGGAGUGCUCGAAGCUGGAGGCACAGCUCGGCAAGCACCGCGCAGCAGCGGCAGCAGACCUGGAGCGGGCGGUACCAUCAUCGGCCAUGUCUUGCUGGACUUGGCUGGACGUUCCGCUCAUGAGGCUGGUAAUGCUCCUGGUGAAGUCGACCUGCUUGCGAAGAUCCUUCGCUUUGCACUUGUUUGCCACGUACUCCUGGCUCUUCUUUUUGGUCUUCUGGCUGGAGAAGCACCCAUAA